GGAAAGAGGAGGUUUUGGCUCUCGCGCGUGCGGGACGGGUCUUUGAAGGCUAAAGGCUGGGUCGGGUUCGCCAUGCCGUCCAAAAUUUUGAAACUGGGAGAGAAGAACGAGGAUCCCGGGCCGUGGCCCACGAACAUCCUCGAGAUCGGCACCGUGGGCACGAGGAAGAAGCCCUGCCCGCUGUGCGGGCUGUGGUUCGCCGAGGAGAAUCUCACCGGGAUGUCGUCGCUCAAGACCGUGCUGACACUCAAGGUGAAGUGGGGGGUGAAGGGCGCGCAGGAGAAGCUCACGGAUAGCAACAUGACCGCAUCCAGGCUCUACACCGGCGUGAACAUGUGCGCCUUCUGCGCGCAGCUGACCAUGCCGGACCCGGAUGACGAGGACGACGCGGAGAUCUUCGCCAACUCGCCGCAAAAGACGCCGAAGAAGGCGCCGAAGAAGCAGGAGGUGGAGGUGAAGGCGUCCACCUUCCUCCAGGGGUUCCUCUCGCCCGAGGCCAAGUCGAAAUACAAGUGACGAGUCGCGAGUUAACUUAUUAGCGUCGUGAGAGUCAGUUUUAUUAAAUCGACAGAGCCGGGCGG